CCGCUGCCAGGCGGUUGAGGCUGCCGUUUCCCCUCCCCGCGCGGGUCCCGCAUUACAUCACUGGCGACAGCAGUCAGAGGGGGGAGGCAGAAGCGCCUCCUCCCCGCCCGGAGCCCAGGCGGCGGUGCAGGGGGAGGAAGGCACCUCACCUUGCCCCCGAUGAGGGGCGGAUCAUGCCAUGGCAGCGCCGGCGAGCGACAGCGGCGGCAGCCAGCAGAGCCCGAGCAGCAGCCCCGGGAGCCGAGAGGGAGCUGGGGUCGCCGCGAAGGGAGCCCCGGACUGCGGAGACUCAGCAGCCCGGGACGCAGCGGAGACGGUCUCCGGCCUCCCUCCGCUUGAGGACUACGAGUGCAAAAUCUGCUACAACUACUUCGACGCGGACCGGCGCGCGCCCAAGCUGCUGGCGUGCUUGCACACCUUCUGCCAGGAGUGCCUGAGCCAGCUACAGCUCCGCGCCGCCGCCGCCGCCGCCGCCGCCGCGCCUGAGCGCCCGCCGCCCUGGCUCUGCCCGCCAGGCGCCAUCGCGUGCCCGGUGUGCCGCCACCGCACGCCGCUGCCCGACAGCCGCGUGCACGGCCUGCCCAACAACACCAAGCUCGCCGAGGCCUUCCCGCUGGCUUUGCGCGCAGCCCACGACCCGCUGCCCCAGGACCGCCUCCCGCCGCUGCCCGCGCGCCGGCCCGCGCCCGCUGCUGCCCGGCCGCCCACCCCAGCCCCGCCACCGCCGCCCUCCCCCGCCCCGCCGCAGCCGCCGCCGCCUGCCGAGGACCCGGCCCCCGGGCCUCGCGCCCGCUCCGGCCUGCGCGCCCCGGGCGCCUACGACAGCUGCCAGAACUGCAAGCGCGCGGCGCUCACCGCCGGCUGCGUGUGCGUGGUCUUCUCCUUCCUCUCCAUGGUGGUGCUGCUCUUCACUGGUCUCAUCUUCGUCAACCACUACGGCGGCGGGGGACCCCCCGGAGGCGGGGCGCCCCCUGGCGAGGCACCGGCCACCGGGUCGCCCUCGCCCUCGCCCGUGGGGCCCAUCUGCCUGUCGGUGGCCAGCAUCCUGGCACUCUUCUCGGUCGUUGUCACCUGGGUCAUCUGCUGGCUCAAGUAUCGGCCCGAGGGUGCGGCCGCGGGCUCGACGGGAGGCAGCGGCGGCGGCGGCGGCCCGAGGGCACGGGCGGCGGCGGGCGGCGCGCUGAGGAGCGACACAUAGCCGGGCCGCGCUGCGGAAGUGGCGCCUGCACCUCCAGCGCCGCGCGGCGGGAGAAGAGGGGGCCUCUGGCUCGGUGCGCUGGAGCUUCUGCGCCCUCUCCCUGCGGCCCCCGGGCUCUCCCGGACUCACACCCUCUCCAAACUCGGCCACUGAGGGGCCUCGGUUUUCUGUCCCUCGGGCUUCUGUCGCCCCUCGCCCUUCGCUCUGGGCCAGAGAGGGAAACUGAACAGGCAGGGAUGCUGGUGGGGGGUCUCUUUUGCCUGGACUGUGCAAAAUUGACCUCCGCGUUAUGCACCACCCUCGUCCUAGUCAGAACGUGCGGCCAUCCCUCCCUAGAGCACAAAGAUCUGCUGAGAGGAGGCAAGGGGAGGAGGAGCCCCACCGCCCCGCCUGAAAGCUGGUUUUCUGGCCGCCAGGACUUGAGAGUUUCUUUAAAGGUGCAGCUGCGCGCGCGCGCGCGCACGUGCAUCUGUGGCGGCUGUGAAAGACUUGAAUUGCCCGGAGGAAGAAUGAAUGGGAUGCCAACGUGAGAGGAAAAGGGUUUCCUGCUUCCUAGCGGUCCUGGAAAGGGAGAGAUCCUGAGCGCUGAAAGUGACGGACACUCCCCGCCGGCACAGCGCGGGCGUGCCCGGAGCUGCUGGAAGAACCGGCAGGCAGCAGCUGGGCGCGGUGGGGCAGGUACACGGCGCGCGUGCGCGCUCGGAGCCGACUCAGAGCGGCCGAGGCGGCGGCGCGCCCAGGGCAGUGGGCCCUGUUGCCCGUGGCCGGGAGUUGUCUGGAGCAGAGCCCAGAAGUCUCAUCUCCUGGAAGCUUGUGGUUGUUUUAUUCACAGUGUUACUGCCAGGAAGUCAUUUCAUCUUCUGUAACUGGACUCAGGGAGCUUAAAGAGCCUGUUCUCCCUUCUCUCAAAAGUGACUUACUGUUGCCCCCACCUGGAAGAUAUUGAAAGCUAUUCACACAGAAUAUAAACUAGAUUUUCUCCUUUCCCUUGCCUUUUUUUCUUAAUUUCAUUUAAGAUAUGAUUUAUUUUUGAAUAUAUAAAUCUGGAAAUUUUUGUGCAUUAAGAUAUCCAGUAAAUUGUUUGAUAAGCAGUGACAUUAGUCCCAUACCUCGAGUCCAAAUACAUUUCGAAAUUAGGAGCAGAAAAUAAAAGCCUGUUGGUAAUUGAUUCAAUAUUUUAUACUGUGAAAUAACUAAUGACUUUUAAUUAUCUGAUAAAAUAUAAACUAGUGCCCAAAGAUGAAAUCAACUAACUGAAGGUCUUUCUGCCUUUGACUACAAAGAUAUAUAUCGUAUACACAUAUUAGAAAGUAUUAUAUGAUUUUGAAUUUAGCUGUUUGAUAUUGUUGGAAUUACUGAAAUGUUCACAUACAGUCACAUGAGGUGAAAAAGAAUAUAUAUCUAUCUGAUUUUGUAACUACAAAGAUGAAUUACCAGUAUAUGUUGCAAGUGGGUUAGAAGCCUGUUUUUUUUAAGAAGGAAAACUGUUCCAAAUGUAUUUUAUAUGAAAACAUUCUUUAUUCCAUCUUUUGAAAUUUGGAAUAAGACAAAGUUUUCAUGCUUAAAAAUCACAGAAGCUACUGAAGGUAUGCUAUUAUUCCUCGAGUAUUUAUGCAAGCUGUCUGCAUGAUAUCCUGACACUAUUCUAUUAAUUGAACUUGAAUCGAGCAUUUGUAUCUAUCAUAGGAGUGAAGUAAUUUAUUGGCCAUUGAUAAGUGGUUUGGCUGCAAUGUAGAAACUGCAGUAUGAAGUGUUUUAUGUCUGCAUUGUCUUAAUAAUAAAAACAAGAGGUAUUUAUAGAAA